AUGAAGAGCGACGCUGCGGGCGCCCCAGGCAGGCGAGCAAGCCUCCAAGAAGAUGCGGAGAAGGAAGCGCCCGCCACAGAGCCCCUAGGCAAGGGAGAGGGCCUGGUCUGGGAGGAAGAGGAAGGAAGAGCCACCCUGAUCCUGACCUUCACCCUCCGGAAUGCUGGAAAGGCCGGGCUCUCCAAGACAGCCAACGUCUUCGAGACUUUUGAAGCUGGAAUCCAUCACCUUGAAACCAGGCAAGCCAAAAAAUCCAAGAACACUACUGAUGACCUCGAAUUUUUUGUCAAAUGUGAAGUUCAUAAUUCUGAUGUCAGUGUCCUAAUAAACUCCUUAAAGAAAGUGGCAGAAGAUGUGAAAACUAUCAGAGAAGAGAGAGUCCUAUGGUUUCCAAAGAAAAUACGAGACCUUGACAAGUGCCACCAUCUGAUCGCCAAGUAUGAACCUGAUUUGGACCAUGAUCAUCCUGGCUACACUGACCCAGAGUACAGGAAACGGAGAGCCUUCUUUACAGACCUGGCCUUCAGCUACAGAGAAGGUGACCCUUUGCCUCGAGUUGAGUACACUGUCCAGGAGACUGCUACUUGGAGAGAAGUCUACAGGAAGCUGAGCAGCCUCUAUCCUACCCACGCCUGUAAGCAGUACCUGGAUGCCUUUCAGCAGCUGGAGAAAUGCUGUGGAUACCAAGAGGAUAGUAUACCUCAGCUUCAGGAUGUCUCCAGAUUUUUAAAAGAAAGAACAGGCUUUCAGCUGAGACCAGCUGCAGGGCUGCUAUCUCCUCGUGACUUCCUUGCCAGCCUGGCAUUUCGUGUCUUUCAGAGUACACAGUAUAUAAGGCAUUCCUCUUCCCCUAUGCAUUCCCCAGAACCGGACUGCUGCCACGAAUUGUUGGGUCAUGUUCCCAUGUUAGCAGACAAAGAAUUUGCACAGUUCUCACAGGCUAUUGGACUGGCUUCUCUUGGAUCAUCUGAUGUUGAGAUUGAAAAACUGGCAACACUCUAUUGGUUUACUAUUGAGUUUGGUCUCUGCAAACAAAAUGGAUCCAUCAAAGCUUAUGGGGCAGGACUCCUUUCAUCUUACGGGGAGCUUGUGUAUGCUUUAUCAAACAAGCCUGAGCACAAACCGUUUGAUCCUGAACUGACUGCAGUUCAUCCAUAUCAGGAUCAGACCUUCCAACCCGUCUAUUUUGUAGCAGAAAAUUUUGAAGAUGCCACGGCCAAACUCCAAAAAUAUGCGCUGAAGAUCAAGAAGCCUUUUUCUCUUCACUAUGAUCCAUUCACCUGCAGCAUAGAGGUUCUGAAUACACCUCAGAAAGUCAAGAACAUGCUCAGUCAAAUGAAAGAGGAGCUGAAAAACCUCUGCUUUGCCCUUGAAAACAUUUCUUAAAAGCCAGUCUUAGCUGGUGCUAAAAUGUGUACAAAUAACUCGAGAACUUACUCAUUUCUAGUGGUGAAACUGUGUGUCUGAAGAUCCUAACUCAUGAGUAGCUGAGUCAGUCUAAUCACCUCAGUGAGUCAAGCUACACAAUCUUAGCCACAUUCAUUACUUGUUAUAGUAUGUUUCAGUGACAAACAACAGAAUCUUCUACUUUUGAUAGGCAAUAUAAGCUAGUAUUGAGUGGAGUGUACAUAUCUACUGCUGUACCCUUUAUUGCGUUAUAUUGAUAUAUAGAAACCUAUGCCACUUUUCUAGGGCUAUCUCAUUGAAUGACACACCUUUUCAGACAUGUGACUUUUGUUUGCCAGUUAAAUGACCCCAAACAAUCAGGGCUGAUAAUUGCUUGAAAAUAUCAUCUAUAGAUUUUUGGAGCUUAGUUCUGCAAACAGUUACUAAGAUGUAUAAUACUGGCUACCAUGCAUAGUCCCCUCAAUCUGCCCUGUAGAAAAUGUUUGUAGGAUCAGGCCUUGAACUUGUACAUGGUAUCUGUUUGAGACUGUCACUUCAUUUAGCAGCCUUCAUAUACUAGUAGAUAAUUUAGUGCCAUUCACAAGGGCCCAACGUUUGCUAUGGAUUUACUUUCCCCUCUCUCUCUCUCUCACUCACACACACACACACACACACACACACACACACACACACACACACACACACACACACACACACACACACACACACUUUUUUUCUUUAGAGCCAUUUGUUUCAUUACAUCUUGUAGUAAUUUAUCUGUCUGCUUCUUGCCAAUUGGGGCAUAGGCAAAAAUGUUUGAUGACUAAUAAUAAAUCAUUUUUGAAUAAAUCAAAAUAUUAUGUUCAUCAAGCUGGUUGUUUUGCUUUGUAGACUGAAGCAUGUGCUCAAGGAAAAAUAGGUGGAGGAUAAUGCCAGAGAGGAAGAACUAUCAAAAUAUUUUCUAUAGAUGGACUCUACAGGCCAUAGGGUCUUGUUCAUGAAUUCCCUCUGAGAGAUGGAAUUUGGAUUUUAGACUUGAGUUUGGCUGGCGCUCAGAGUAGACCUAUAUUUGGAAGGAAUGGCUUUGUUUUGUCCAAAGCCUCACACUUGCCUUGGAGGGACUCCAGGGCCGCCCACACACCCUUGUCUUUUCCAAUUCCUGGAGCAGUGAGAGAAAAAUAAAUAACUUAGGACCAGCUUCUCCUGCCUUUACACAUGCCUAUUAGUGCCUUACUUCUCAAGUAAGGCCACUGAUUGCAGUGGAACUACUCAGGGAGUAGGGUACUACUGUGGCAGAAUCUAGUCCUGAGCCGAUUUUGGUGUUUUUAACAACGCACUAUUUUGAUAAAAUGCAGACUUAAUGACAAUUGGCCAGAUUCAUCCCUGGUGUAACUCCAUUGACUCCUAUGGAGUUCCAACAGUGAUUAAUUUGACUCAUGAUUUCAGGGGUAAGUUGCUCUUUCCAUAAGAGGCAAAACUUGCUGUCCUUACGCAAGUUCUAGGUCAGGGUCUCAUAUGAUCCAACAAAGGCUGUUCCAAAAGCAGCAGCGAUCACACUUUCUUAAGAACUAAAUUCUUUAACCCUUAUUUGGUGUAAGGCCAGAGGAAGAACUGCAGGGUUUGACCCAAAAUGACGUGGACCAAUUGCAUUGCUCUUACAAUAGCUGUUCUUUCAUCAUCAUCAUCAAAUAACCAUGGGAAAGCUAGCAUAUGGUGCCAUAUGGGGGUGAUAGAGGUUAGCAGCAGAUAAUAUCAAACAGAAAAAAACUAUAUAUACUUCACAUUUGAGUUGUUUCAUGUUAAUCUCUCAUAGAGUGACUUGAAAGCCAUGUAAAACAUGUCUUGUGACUUGAAACUGAACUAUGGAUGAACUCCCUGUGGUGGAUAUUUUGCUUAUCCUGAUAAACUUGU